CGAUAAGGAUAAGCACAUUUGACUGUUUCUGCUACUAUUUGCCUCCUGCGGCUCCCUUUGAUUUCAAUAUUCAAAGGCCCACUGCAAAGCAGCUGGUUUCGAUUUUGAUUGUCAUACUUGCACAUAAAGCCCAAUCUUGCAUUCAUUACAUCAACCAAAAAACUUCAUCAACCUAACCUUCAAACCUCUCUUUUGUAUUGAGUUGUCAAUGGUACUCUUGGUAGAAAGGCUUAGCAAAUUAUACUCCAAGCUGGAGAAUCACCACAACCACCCUCAGCCUGAAGCAUUAUCAGCUUCUUUACAGGCUUUUCGAUCUGAUGUUUCGAGUUUUAUAACCCAGUUGUUAAAUUCGGAUCCUGGCUUGGAAACCCUGUCCCUGGAAUGGAUUCAGAAAUGUUUUCAGAUCCUACCCAUGAUCAAUAAAGCUUUUGCAAAGCUAGUUGUGGAGAUUGACUACCAUGUCAGGAAAUGGAAGGCCAAGACAAUGGAAGAAUAUCUCAAGUAUAGUUUAGACUUGCUCGAUCUUCUCAACUCCUUUAGUUCUGCUCUUUCUCAUCUGGGUCAAGCUCGUCUUUCUUUAUCUCAUGCUCUGAGUCUUGUUGAGAGUUCACCUUCAUCGGCGGUGGAGCGUCUGAAGACGAUUGAGUUCAUGAGUUUUACAAAGGAGUUCAAAGAUCAAGAAAACAAGAUAGAUGAGUCGAAAGAAAGAUCUUGGUCAGACAAGGAAUGGGUUAUUCUUCAAGCUUUGAUGGAAUUAAGGAGUACAGGAUUCUGGGUAUGCAGUAUUGUGUUGGCUGGUUUGUGUGGAGAUGAUAGAGCGUACUUGGCGAUGAGAAAAUCAUCUGGGGCAUUAUCUAACCCUACUUUGAUCAAUUUGGAUUCAAGUGUCUGUGGAGUUAUAAUGGGGGAAGGAUGUGUGCUGAAGGAGGUCAGAGAGUUGAAAGAUUCAGCUGAUUGCCUUGUAGAGGCCAUCGCUGGCGAAAGCAGCAGUGACGCAGCAGCAGAGGAGAUGCGGAGAAAAUUGGAAGAGUUUGAGAAGCUGCUGGAUGGCUUAGGCAAGGAGGUGGAUCGUCUCUUCUUUGAGUUGUUGGCUGGGAGAAAUGAAUUGCUUGAUUGUAUUAGACUUCAGAAACCAUAGAAACAAGAUCAUGGGUUUCUACUUUUGAUUUGUUUUUAAGCUCUGUAUAUAGAUUGUAUAUUUAAAUUGUAUAAUUUUUUCAUUAUAGGAUAAUUUGUUCUUCUGAAAA